GUCAAGUAGUUCAAGGUUUGACUCCAUGUCCGUCCCAGACUGACAGCCAGAAGGCAGCAUCUAGCUAGUUAGUGUUGGCAUCUCCAAGGUAGUGAUGGCUCUCCAGAGGACCCGUUCCCUGCUUCUGCUCUUGCUGCUGACCCUGCUGGGGUUGGGGCUGGUGCAGCCCUCCUAUGGCCAGGAUCGCAUGUAUCAACGAUUCCUGCGGCAGCAUGUGGACCCUGAGGAGACAGGUGGCAAUGACACCUACUGCAACUUGAUGAUGCAAAGACGGAAGAUGGUGCGUCAGUGCAAGCGCUUCAACACCUUCAUCCACGAAGACAUCUGGAACAUUCGUAGUAUCUGCAGUACCACCAAUAUCCAGUGCAAGAAUGGCAAGAUGAACUGCCAUGAGGGUGUAGUGAAGGUCACAGACUGCAGGGAGACAGGAAGUUCCAGGGCCCCCAACUGCAGAUACCGGGCAUCGGCGAGCACUAGGCAUGUGGUCAUCGCCUGUGAGGGUGACCCGCAGUUGCCUGUGCACUUGGACAGAUAGACGCCAGCUUGCGGGGCUUAUGGCCGGUGGUAGGCCUUUAACUUACUCCUUGAAUAGCAGUAAGUAAUACAUUUGAGCUGCCCCAGCCUCUAUCUCCUCUAUUUCUGACUCUUUUUCUCUUUAUAACCCAUUCUGUUAAGCACAUUGUAUCAAAGAGAAAUGGAGACAUAAACUUAUAA